AUGACUAGUUGGCGUAGUCUGAUAGAUGAAGCUUUAUCAGAUGAGGGGGUCAUUGAUAAAAUAAAGUCCUCUAUUCGUAGAGAGGACGCUGAUAUAAAUAAAUUAACAAAGUUUGAGCUACUGGAAAUUCUUAGGUCUACGGGUGUAAUUGACAUGCUGGUUUCUAAAAUAAAGUCUAAAGAACAGUCCAAGAUUUUCUCCAGAGGUCAUGAUAGCUCCGUGGGUACGCACGAGGGUUCUAAAACAUAUGCUUCAAUCAAUACGAGUUCUACUGCAGUAUUAGUAGUGGAGGUUCUACAGGGGAGAGCGUUUACGAGUCACCUUCAGACUUAUGGAGACAUAGAAAUUGAGGAAUCUAAGUGCUCCGACAUCAAUCUGCAACUGCAUAUCACCUACAAAGACUGCAGGUUUUCAAGUAAACUUUUCCAACGCACAACGGAGCCUAUUAUCAAUCAGAUCUUUUGUUUUGAGCUUAUUUCUGAAAACAUUAGCAAGGGACGAGAUGUGACACCUGGAAAUUUGCUGUUCGAUAAACCAGUUUCUUCUGUACAAAUAGUAAUCACAUCAAACACAUCAACUGGAAAACGAAGUUUGGUUUCAUCAACCUACUUUGACUGGCGUCCAUAUUUCAUGGGCAAUUCUAAAUGUAAAGAAGUAAACUUAAACCACUGGACUAAUAACGUAUCCAUAGAACUACAAAGUACCGAUCCAGAUUGUAAUGUACCUGCGGGUGUUCUUGAUUUACGUCUUUCUCUAAUAUUUCCUAACGCAUCUAUCAAUACAAAAUGGUCUGAUUCAAUAAAACAGACAUUUGAUUCGAAUGCACCUAGUGUAAUUAAUCAUCAAACUUGUAAAUUAGAACAACUAUCACCUUCACUUAUUCAAGCACAUUUUCAAUUAGAAUCAAAUCGAUCAUUUGAAAGAGAAAAUACGUUCACUAAUUAUGUUCGUCAAUGGUGGCGUGAAUUAACACAAUUGCGUGAAGGAUUCUUUUCUGAACGUCUUAUUAAAAUAUUUGCAGCUGAUGAGAAUGGACGUACACAAUUUGUGUGUAACUUCGUAAAUCCACUCAGUGCAAGUCAUAUUCUUGAAACACCAUAUAUAGCCGCACGCUUCGUUUCAAGUAUACCCUAUGAACCCUUUUACGGCGUCGGGGUUGGGAUAAAAGAACGUUGGUGUUCUGGAUUGGCUUUUGUUUCUUCAAACUCUGGAGAUGUAGCAGAUCAUGCAAACCUUUUAUGUUCUCUACUACUGGGUUAUGGAGUUGAAGCAUACGUUGCUUUAGGCACAAGUGAAUUCAAUAUGAAUAAGCAGCAAAUGACUACUUCCUCACAUUUAUAUGCAUGGGUCGUUGUUUGUUCUGACGAUUAUCAACGAAUCACAUUUUGGGAUAGUAUAACCGGUCGUUGUUAUAUUCAUACAACUGAUUGUUGUGAACAGAAAAUCUAUCCUUCUCCGUUCCAUACCAUUGGAUGUUUAUACAAUAAUAGUUCAUUUUAUGCCAACAUUCAACCAACUGAUAAAGUAGUAAACUGUCUUUUUAAUUUAAAGAAUUCAUCUCAGUGGCGUCCUAUGUCAUUUGAAGUCAUUCAAACAGUACAUAAUUACUCAGGUUUAUACCUUAGAAAAUUGAAUCCUCCUAUUCAGUCUAUUGAUGAGAUUACUGUAAAAUGUCAUGAAUCCUUACGUCGUUUAGCCGAUAGUUGGCGUAUGGAGAAAUUAAGAUGUAAUAAUCAUAUUACAUGGAAAUGGGAUAAUAAACUGGAACAAUUAUUAUUACCUUUGAUUGCUAAAUAUGAAGCCGAUCAAAAAAAUUUAUCAAACUAUAAUGAUAAUGAUAACGUUGUACAAGUACACGAGGUAUUAGAAAAUGAUUUGAUUAUGUCACCAAUUCAUCGUCAUAUACCUAAAGAUUUUACAUUCAAAUCUUAUCCAGUCCAGCUAUUGCAUUGUAAUCCUCAAAGAAUAUUACGAAGUUGUUUACGUUCCCAAUUAUGUCAGGAUAUACUAGGCUGUCGUGGUGAUCAUGUUCAACUUGCCUUAGCAUUACGCGUUAUUACAUAUGCUGAAAAUGCAAUUAUAACAUGGGUUAUAUUUGCCUGUUCAUAUAAAUCUGUAAUAUAA